UCGUGGAAACAUCGCACGCGUCUGACGUGUUUUUUAUUUUAAAUACUAAUUAUAAUUUAUAGAAAUGUUAUUGUUAAAAACAAAUAAGUGAUUUAAGUUGUUUACGGUUGUUAACGAUUUUCGUACCUCGCUUGAUUUAUCGCUUUGACUGAUAAGAUUACGCGAAACCAACAUGGAGAAAGGCAGAAGAGUCCAAUAUUUUGCGGCAUUUGCUUUGUCUCUGGCAACCGCUACAAUGGGAGUUUUAUCUGCGUGGCCAACUCCUGUUUUACCAAAACUGCACAACAAUGAAACAAGUUUGAACAUAACGGAUAAUGAAAUAGCGACAAUGCUGGCUAUGUCUUCCCCAGGCUUCGUAUUGGGCAGUUUGGCUACAAGAUUUGUCUCUGAUAUGUUUGGAAGACGAGCAACGGUUCUUACUAGCGCUGCACCGUUUGCUACCGGAAUGUUAAUCGCAGCAACAGCAUACCAAGCUUGGCUACUUUGUGUGAUGAAAUUACUUUGGGGAUUUGGAACAGGAAUGGUUGCAACUGUUAUUUCAAUUUACCUCGCUGAAAUAUCAGAUAAAGAUCUGCGCGGUAAACUUUCAGUCGGCACCAGGUUUAUGUUCAACUUUGGAAGUCUUCUGAUGAUAUCCAUAGGACCGUUCGUGUCCUAUGAUAUUUUAAAUUAUUCUAUAUCAGUGUUGCCAUUGAUUUUUUUUGUGGCGUGUCUAUGUAUUCCUGAGUCACCUUACUACUAUUUAAAGGAGGGCAAAGUUGAACUAGCGAGAAGGGCUUUGUUGCGUUUAAAAAAGAAGGAGAACGUUGAUAAUGAAUUGGAACUGAUGAGACAGGACGUAUCAAAGGAGAUGAAAAACUCGAGCUCAACUGUGGAGCUUUUCACGGGCAAACAGUACAGACGACCAAUAAUUAUUGCUGCAGGUUUAAAAAUAACUCAGAUAAUGACUGGAGCUGUAACGAUCCAACAAUACUUGGGAAGGAUUAUGCAGGAAAUUGACUCAGAUAUGAAACUAUCGACGCUUCUUAUUAUUUUCGGUGCUGUUAAAUUUCUUGUUGGUAUAAUGUCAUCAUGUUUAGUGGACAGAGUCGGGCGGCGACCACUUCUCAUAUAUUCCUUUUUAGGUACAGGGAUCUCAUUAGCGAUAGCCGGCUCAUAUUUUUUCUUACAAGAGGUUGUUCUUGUUGACCAUUUGUCACUUCGUACUUUUGGGUACGUCCCUUUUAUCGCAUUAGUUUUUUCUAAUGUUAUAUCAACCGUUGGAUUCAAUUCCAUUAUAGGAAUUAUUCCAGCAGAAAUCUUCCCUUUGAACGUGAAAGCUGUCGCUAUGACGUCACUAAACGUUUUCGGAGGUUUCUUAGGUUUUACGGUAGCGAAAAGCUAUCAAGCAAUCAAGAAUAUCUCGGGUCUUUGGGGAGUGUUAUUGAUAUUUGCCUUAGUAGCAAUAUCAGGUGCUAUUUUUUCAUAUUUCAUUGUGCCUGAAACUAGAGGCAAGAGCUUACGUGAGAUACAAGAUAUUUUAAAUAUUGGUGCUGAUGAUGUUCCCGAAGUGGAAAGUACUGAAUUGAAGCAACUACGGGAGGAAAAUGAUAUUAAUCAUAAGUGUUAGUGCUCGAACAAUUGUGUGUUAGUUAGGAGAUUUAUUCUGCUUUUGAUUAUUGAUUUUGAUUAUUGAAUUUAUAUCUAUAUACUAUAAUUUAUACAUAUAUGCCUAUAUGACUGCCUCGUUGGUCUAGGAGCUUGAUGUAAGGCCGCAGACCCGGAGGUCCUGGGUUCAAUUCCUAGGUCGGGCCAAUAAAAAGUUAUUGGGUUUUUCUGUUAGAAAUAUCUCAGUAGUAGCCCGAAGUCUGGAAGUUGGAAGUGUGUACACUCCCGUGCCUCGGAAAGCAGGUAAAGCCGUUGGUUCUGCGCCUAAACUCUUUCCGGUCGUGUCAGAUUGCCGUCCCAUCGGAUUAUGAGAGUUAGGGGAUAGAGAGUGCACUUGUGUUUGCGCACACACUAGUGCUCUAUAAUAUGUCCUGCGCAGCUGGCUAAUCUCUCUUGAGAUCGGCCGCCGUGGCCGAAACCAGUCUGGAGGACAUUGUUAUUAUUAUACAUAUAUGCUUUGGAUACAUUUUGAAUGAUAAAUUACAUUAGACUUAAGAAUCAAAAUGACAACGCUGACCAAUGUUGUGAUAUUUUUAUACUUUAAUUUUAGGAUUUAAUAUAUAUGUCAUUAAAAUAAAACUAUUACAACUAUCACAUACAUAUAUAUACAAUGUUUAUAUAAUUAUUAUUCAUUUUUGUAUGAGUAGUAAUUAGUAAUAUAAUAAACACUUUUUUAAAUCUGGAAAUAAACGUUUAUAAAAUGAAAUAUUUGAGAUAUAUAGAAACGUCAUAAAUACUUUUGUGUCGUUUGCAUUUGUUUAUUGCUGGCUCGGUCUACGAGUUCAGGUGGAGUAAGGUAGUGGAAAUAGUUCCUCGUCUUAUAUCAUAAGAAAGGUAGUUAUGGAGUUUGCUGGUUGUAACUGUUUAAGGUUUCAAGUUUGUGCCAAAGGAUUGAGUAUUUUUUCGGCAUUUGUGUUCAAAACACGACGUAUUAUUAAUUUUAACUAUCGUACUAGUAGUAGUUUUUAAUAUGUUGCUCUUAAUUUUUUAAUAUUAAAUUUAUAUAAUAAGUUGCAUUUGGUCCUUAUUUAAAAUAGGGUAAGGUAAAUAAGCAUUUUCAACCACCGUAUUUACAUAUAUUAGUUUUUAUUUAGUGUUUAUUGAUUGGUUACGUAAUGAACUUCUUGGCUAUUAUAUAGUUUAGAAUAUUUAGUUUAGAAUUUGUUUUCUCAGUUUGUUAUUCGGGAAUUUACUGAAUUAAACCAUUUUUGUACGACUGUUUCCUUUUACCUUUUUUUUCUUUUAUCACCGCCACUUAUCACGUAAUUGUACUGCCAAACAGAAAUAUUUAGUAUUGUGUUAAGGACAGACACAAAGGAUAUAAGGAAUGGUUAAUAUUUCUUAUUGCACCAAUGUCUAUGGGGAUGGUGACCAUUUAUCAUCAGGUUGCCCGUUUCCCAGUCCACCUUCCUAAUUUAUAAAAAAAAAUAUGCGUCGCUUUAAACUAAUUUUUAUAUAUUUUAUAAAUAUUUGCUCUAAAACCAAACAUUUAUUAUUAAGAAAUAUAGCUUUAAUUUUGAACUUUUAGUUCAGGGGAAUCGCUGAACGUGACUGCUAUGUUAUGCUGUUAAAUAAAAUAAAAUUUAUUCUGACUGAAUAAUUAUAAAUAUAUUAAUUAUUAAUUUUAAUUACAAUAAACUUGUUGUUGUUUCACACUUUAUAUGAUUAGUAUUUACAGUAUUUUUCUAUAAGAACUCGCUUCAUUACUCACCCGUAAAAUGUCAUUGACAACCGACUUAUGGUGAUGUACUAUUUUGGUGCGUGUUUCUUGAAAUGUUAUCAUUAUUAUGGUUAAUGUCGCAUAUUACUAUGUGACAUUUCACAACCGUUUUCUCCGGUGAGUUUCAAGUUCGUUUUUGCAGAAUAGCCCUAUUGGGUGAUUGAAUUUCGCUCGGCUGUUUUUUUUGUGAAAAUUAGCUUUUUUUCAGAAAGGUCACCUAUAUAGAUAAAUUUAAAAAGCAACAUAUUAUCUAUUCACAAAAUUUAAGUCAAAUCGUUAGAACCGAGUCCGAUAGAAAUAAAAUAAUUUUUUUAUAAAUGUAUUA